AUGGAGUAUAUCGAUGGAGAGGGGGAGUUGAAUGGAGCAAGCACAACAGCGAAUAUGUCUUCCCCAACUGAGGACGGAAGCAGGGGAAAGCUACAGCUGCCGCUGAGUUGUGAUCCCCCUGGGCCUGGAAAUCCGGUGAAGCAGUUGGUUUGGAUCAUAUUCGGCAGCACGGGCCACAUGGGCCGCUCUCUAGUGCGAUCCUGUCUCGCUCAAGGCGACCUCGUCGUCGCUGUCGGUCGUGUCUUCGAGAACACGCUGGCAUCAAUGCAAAACUGGCACGCAAACUGCCAUGGCCUCCUUUGCGACGUACGAGCACGAGAAUCCGUCCAAGAAGUUCUAGAAGGCGCGAUCGCGCACUUCGGGCACGUAGAUAUCAUCGUCAACUGUUCUGGAUACGGUGUUAUAGGCGCCUGUGAAGAUCAAGAUGAUCACGAGGUGCGAAAUCAGUUUGAGACAAAUUUCAUGGGGACGCUGCAUAUUAUCCAAUUGAGUUUACCCUACUUUAGGGAACAGGGUGCUGGGAGGUAUCUGAUCUUCAGUAGUACCAGUGGUGCUCUGGGUGUUCCUGGUCUAGGGCCGUAUUGUGCCACUAAGUAUGCGGUGGAGGGAUUGAUCGAGGCGAUGCUUUAUGAAAUUGAUUCCUUCAACAUCAAGGCGACGCUUGUGGAGCCUGGAUUAGUGAGGAGAGAUGAACCGGAUUGGGAGAAGAAUCCUCUUCCAACAUGGGGGCAUUUUUUGAUUAAACCCGCAAGCGAGCCAUAUUCGCAGGCAAAUUCGCCAGCAUUACAUGCAAAGAGGAUGGUUCAGUGGUUGGGCGACAAGCAGCCAACAAGUGCUGUGAAAUGUGCCGAGCUGGUCUGGCAAUUGGGCCACUGUUCAUAUCCUCCCUUGCGCUUGCUCUUAGGAAGUUAUGCCAUUGAGAGCAUUCGUGAUCGACUUCGGUCUAUUAUUGAAGAGUUAGAGGAUUGGAAGCACCUACAUUUCCCCGUGGCAGCAGAUGCUCAGCUUGAGGACGACAAGGAGGAUAAUAGCGAAGAAACCGGGAGGAGAGAUAGUUAUAGUCAAGAAACAAAAUUAGAAUAA